AGCGGAGCGGCGGCGCAAAGGAGCGGACGGGGGGAGAAAUCAGGCUGGGUCCCGUAUUUGGAACAAGCGAGGCUCGAAUGCAGCUUUCCUCCGGACGCCAAACAAGCUCCCGUGUAACCUUCAGAGAGAGGACUCCGUGUUUUUGACGGAAACUCCCGACCUCGGCGUCGGUUUGAACCGUGCGGAGAACUAAAGAGACAUUUGCUGGACGAAGAAUGGGAUUUAAAGAAGAUAUCUGCCAGCAGUGAGUUGUGAAAACACGGGAGGAUAUAUAUAUAUUUUUUCCUACUCCAGAGAAUAUAGUCGAAGAAAAGGCGGCUGGAUUGAGUCGAGCUUUGACCUUUUAGACGCCCGCUCCCGGAGGAGGAAAAGCUGGAACGAUGAAGGCAUUUCGGAGCGGAGAAAAGUAGCGUUAGCUUCCAGGUUAGCCACACAGGCUCGGCUAGCUAGGCUGCUAACUAAGCCCGUGUCGCCCUUCAUUCCCGGAGCAGGGAGCGGAGGGAGGGGGGCCUGCUGCUGCUUCCAGGACCGGAGAGAGAGGGGGCCCUGCUUCCAGUCCCGGACCAGAAGGGACGGGGCGGCUCCGCUUCCAGUCCCGGACCAGAGAAGGGGGCUCUGGGGCUUCUGUAGCACUGCAGACCUGCAUUUUUUUUGGGAGGGGGGAGCUGCUGCUAGAAUGGAGAAUCCCAAAUAUCUGCCACAGACAUUACUCAGGGAGGUCUGUUGAAACGAGUAUUUUUUAUACAAGAAAAGAGCAGACACAAACUGCCUGUUUCAUCCAAACCAGGGGCCAGCUUCACCUCUUUUCUUAUGUGCCCUGGGGGGAUAGGUAUUAAAAAAAAUGGGGAAGUGCUUCACGUCUCACCCACCUCCCAAAUCCUGGAGAUCAUGCAUAAGUUGUUUUUAAUGAUCAGUUAGAUCCUUCCUUUCGUCAACUCAAAGUUAGACCACUUUUUUUUUUGUUUUUAGACCAGGCUGCUUUAACUUCCGAAAGGCCCAGGAAGGAGCCCCCUCCAGCCCACCCCACCCCAGCUCCCUCUAUAUCUCACUGCUCCUUCUAGCAUCAUUACUUCCAACACGCAGGAAUAAACAUGUCCGGAGAGGUGCGUUUGAAGAAGCUGGAGAAGCUGAUCCUGGACGGACCGGCUCAGUCUAAUGGCCAGUGUCUGAGUGUGGAGACACUGCUGGAUAUCCUGGUCUGCCUCUACGAUGAGUGCAACAACUCCCCACUCAGAAGGGAGAAAAAUAUCCUGGAGUUCUUGGAUUGGGCCAAACCCUUCACCUCCAAGGUGAAGCAGAUGCGCCUGCACAAAGAAGACUUCGAGAUCCUGAAGGUGAUUGGACGAGGAGCCUUCGGAGAGGUCGCUGUGGUAAAAGUGAAAAACACUGACAAAGUAUUCGCAAUGAAGAUCCUCAACAAGUGGGAGAUGCUGAAGCGAGCCGAGACGGCGUGUUUCCGGGAGGAACGGGACGUGCUGGUGAACGGAGACUGCCAGUGGAUCACCACCCUGCACUACGCCUUCCAGGACGACAACAACCUGUACCUGGUCAUGGACUACUACGUGGGUGGCGACCUGCUCACUCUGCUCAGCAAGUUCGAGGACCGGCUGCCGGAGGAGAUGGCCAAGUUCUACCUGGCUGAGAUGGUGCUGGCCAUCGACUCGGUCCACCAGCUCCACUACGUCCACCGGGACAUUAAACCCGACAACAUUCUGCUGGAUAUGAACGGCCACAUCCGCCUGGCCGACUUCGGCUCCUGCCUCAAGCUGAUGGAGGACGGGACGGUCCAGUCAUCGGUGGCGGUGGGAACUCCGGACUACAUCUCCCCGGAGAUCCUCCAGGCCAUGGAGGACGGGAAGGGCAAGUACGGGCCCGAGUGCGACUGGUGGUCCUUGGGCGUCUGCAUGUACGAGAUGCUGUACGGAGAGACGCCCUUCUAUGCAGAGUCCCUGGUGGAAACCUACGGGAAGAUCAUGAACCACAAGGAGCGCUUCCAGUUCCCACAGCAGAUAACCGACGUGUCGGAGGACGCCAAGGAUCUGAUUCGCCGACUGAUCUGCAGCCGGGAGCACAGGCUGGGGCAGAACGGCAUCGAGGACUUCAAGCAUCACCCCUUCUUCACAGGCAUCGACUGGGACAACAUUCGAACAUGUGAAGCCCCCUACAUCCCAGAGGUCAGCAGCCCCACGGACACCUCCAACUUCGACGUGGACGACGACUGCCUGAAGAACUCUGAAACCAUGCCUCCUCCCUCUCACACUGCCUUCUCUGGGCAUCACCUGCCCUUUGUGGGUUUCACCUACACAAGUAAAUGCACCCUGUCAGACCGGGGCUGCCUGCGGCAGCUGGGGGGCCAGCAGGGCCCGACGGGCCAGGACCAGCUGGACGUGGACGUGCAGCGCGGCCUGGAGGACAGCCUGGCCACCGAGGCCUACGAGAGGAGGAUCCGCCGCCUGGAGCAGGAGAAAGUGGAGCUGAGCCGCAAGCUGCAAGAGUCGACGAAGACGGUGCAGGCGCUCCAGCACCCGCCGGGCGAGGGCGCCCCCGCCGCCAACAAGGAGGUGGAGAUCAGGAGCCUGAAGAGCGAGAUCGACAUCCUGAAGAAGCAGAUCGCCGACUCGGGGCAGCUGGAGAAGCAGCUGGAGGACGUCUCGUCGGCCCGCAGGGACCUGGAGGACUCGUCGAAACACAUCAAAACCCUGGAGAAGCAGAUGAAGGACGUCAUACAGGAGAGGGACAGCCUGCAGAAGGACCUGGUGGAUUCCAGCGAGAGGUUGAAAUCUCAGUCGAAGGAGCUGAAGGAGGCUCACAGCCAGAGGAAGCUGGCCAUGCAGGAGUUUUCCGAGCUGAACGAGAGACUCACAGACCUCCGGUCGGCGAAGCAGCGGCUCACCCGCCAGCUGCGCGACAAGGAGGAGGAGAUGGAGAGCCAGAGCCAGAAGGUGGAGGCUCUCCGCCUUGAGGUGCGAAAGGCAGAGAGGGCCAAGAAGGAGCUGGAGGUGCAGGUGGAGGAGCAGACCGCGGAGACCCUGAAGGAGAAGAAGCUGAGAGAGCGCAACGAGCAGUACAGCCGCCAGCUGGAGGAGGAGCUGGAGGGCCUGAAGGUGAAGCAGGCCGGCUCGUCCGCCGCCCCGCCCUCGGCGGACCAGAGCCAGGAGGUGGGGCGCCUGCGGGGCGAGAUGGAGAAGAAGACGCUGGGCUUCGAGGAGGAGCUGUCGCGCCGGGAGGCGCAGCACAGCAGCGAGCUGAAGGCGCUGCGCAAAGAGCUGCGGGACGCCGAGAGCCAGCACCUCACCCUGCAGAAGGAGAUCCUGAUGCUCAAAGACAAGCUGGACAAGACCCGCCGAGAGAGCCAAAGCGAGCGGGAGGAGUUUGAGACGGAGUACAAACAGAAGUACGAGCGGGAGAGAAUCCUCCUCACCGAAGAGAACAAGAAGCUGUCCAGCGAGCUGGAUAAGCUGACCGCCAUGUUUGAGAAGGUGAGCGGCUCCAACCGGCAGCUGGAGGAGGAGAUGAGGGAGCUGGCCGACAAGAAGGAGAGCGUGGCCCACUGGGAGGCCCAGAUCACAGAGAUCAUCCAGUGGGUGAGCGAUGAAAAGGACGCUCGGGGAUACCUGCAGGCUCUGGCCACCAAGAUGACGGAGGAGCUGGAGGGACUGAGGAACACCGGCCUGGGAGCGAGAGCCACGGACAUGCCGUGGAAGAUGAGGCGCUUCGCCAAGCUGGACAUGUCGGCGCGGCUGGAGCUGCAGUCGGCGCUGGACGCAGAGAUCCGGGCCAAGCAGGGCAUCCAGGACGAGCUCAACAAGGUCAAGGCCAACAGCAUCUCCACCGAGUGCAAACUGCAGGAGGUGGAGAGUAAAAACCAGGAGCUGUUGUUGGAGAUCGAGCGGCUGAAGAAGGAGACGGAGGAGCUGCGGCUAAGAAGAGGCGUCAGGCACCAGGAUUCCCAGAAUUCCUUCCUGGCUUUUCUCAACGCCCCCACCUCGGCCCUGGACCAGUUCGAUCGCUCGCCAUCCGUUGGCCCAGCUAGCAAAGGCAGACGUGUCGACUCCAUGGACAACUUCACUCCUUCCAACACUCCGUCGAGGGAAGACGACCCCAAGUCCCUCCUCAAGUCCCGCUCCCGCUCCCCCUCCACUGCCAGCGACCUGGAGCCCAUCGAGUUGAUAGACCAACUGCCGCGCCCCGUGCAGACCCCCACCAUGCGCUCCGGCGGAUACGGCAGCAUCGGCCGCUCCUCGCCGAAGCCCAAAGCUCAUCAGUUCGUGGUCAAGUCCUUCAACACGCCCACCAAGUGCAACCAGUGCACCUCGCUGAUGGUGGGCCUGAUCCGCCAGGGAUGCACCUGCGAAGUGUGUAACUUCUCCUGCCACGUGACGUGCGCCGACAAAGCCCCGGCCGUGUGCCCCGUGCCUCAGGACCAGACCAAGGGUCCGCUGGGCAUCGACCCGCAGAGGGGCAUCGGCACGGCGUACGAGGGCCACGUCCGGGUCCCCAAACCGACGGGCGUGAAGAAGGGCUGGCAGAGAGCGAUGGCCGUGGUCUGCGACUUCAAGCUCUUCCUGUACGAGCUGGGAGAAGGAAAGGCGACGCAGCCCAGCGUGGUGGUCAGCCAGGUCAUCGACAUGAGAGACGAGGAGUUCUCCGUCAGCUCCGUCCUGGCCUCGGACGUCAUCCACGCCAGCCGGAAGGACAUCCCCUGCAUCUUCAGAGUGACGGCGUCCCAGCUGUCCCCCUCCAGCAGCCACAAGCCCUCCAUCCUCAUCCUGGCCGACAGCGACCAGGAGCGCAACAAGUGGGUGGGGCUGCUCAACGAGCUGCACCGCAUCCUGAAGAAGAACAAGCUGAAGGAGCGCUUCGUCUACGUGCCCAAGGAGGCGUACGACAGCACGCUGCCGCUCAUCAAGACCACCCAGUCCGCUGCUAUCAUCGAUCACGAGCGCGUCGCCCUCGGCAACGAGGAGGGGCUGUUCGUCAUCCACGUCACCAAAGACGAAAUCAUCCGGGUGGGCGACAACAAGAAGGUCCACCACAUCGACCUCAUCCCGCAGGAGCAGCUGCUGGCCGUCAUCUCGGGCCGCAACCGGCACGUGCGCCUCUUCCCCACGCAGGCGCUGGACGGCCGCGAGACCGACUCCUACAAGCUGGCGGAGACCAAGGGCUGCCAGAGCGUGGCAUCGGGGCCGGUGCGCAGCGGCGCCCUCACCUGCCUGUGCGUGGCCAUGAAGCGGCAGAUCAUCUGCUACGAGGUGAACAAGAGCAAGGCGCGGCACCGCCGGCUGAGGGAGCUGCAGGCGCCGGGGCCGGUGCAGUGGAUGGGUCUGCUCAGCGAGCGCCUCUACGUGGGAUACCAGUCCGGCUUCACGCGCUACAGCGUCCACGGGGACGUGUCCCCCGUCAGCCUGCUGCACCCCGAGGACCACACGCUGGCCUUCAUCCCGCAGCAGGGCCUGGACGCCCUGUGCGCCGUGGAGAUCUCCAGCAAGGAGCUGCUGCUGUGCUUCAGCGCCAUCGGCGUCUACGUGGACUCGCAGGGCCGCCGCUCGCGCCAGCAGGAGCUGAUGUGGCCCGCCGUGCCCAACGCCGCCUGCUACAACGCCCCCUACCUGUCGGUGUACAGCGAGAACGCCGUGGACGUGUUCGACGUCAACACCAUGGAGUGGAUCCAGACCAUCCCCCUCAAGAAGGUGCGUCCUCUGAACGUGGACGGCUCCCUGAACCUGCUGGGCCUGGAGACGGUGCGCCUCAUCUACUUCAGGAACAAGAUGGCCGAGGGGGACGAGCUGGUGGUGCCGGAGACGUCGGACAACAGCAGGAAGCAGAUGGUUCGCAGCAUGAACAACAAGAGACGCUUCUCCUUCAGGGUGCCUGAAGAGGAGCGGCUGCAGCAGAGGAGAGAGAUGCUGAGAGACCCUGAGAUGAGGAACAAGCUCAUCUCCAACCCCACCAACUUCAACCACGUGGCCCACAUGGGGCCAGGAGACGGGAUCCAGAUCCUGAAAGACCUGCCCAUGAACGUGCGUGUCCAGGAGAACCGCGGCGCCGGCUUCAGCGGCUCCGUCAGCAUCCCCUCCAUCACCAAGAACCGGGCGGAGCCGGGCCGCUCCAUGAGCGCCAGCAGCGGCCUGGGAAUCCGCUCCUCCUCCCAGAAUGGCAGCGCGCUGCGCCGGGAGCUGUCCGGCGGCAGCUACGGGUCCAAGCGGCAGACCAUGACGUCCCCCUCCGAGAGCUCGCUGUCCUCCGGCGGGGGGAUGGACUGCGGAGACGCGCCGCUGUCCCAGUUCGACAGAGAGUGGCAGGCAGUCUCACCGUCGGAGAAGACCCCCGAUCUGAAAAGGGCUUUAAGGACCCUGCUUAGUAAGAUGAAGGACUCGGACUCCCCCCGUCACUCCACCGCCUCCAACAGCUCCACCUUCAGCAGCCCCCCGAGCCCCGCCUCGCCCCACAAGACCAAGUCCCUGUCCCUGGAGAGCACAGGAGGCAUGGGCUGGGACACAUGAGGAGGAGGAGGCCCCGCCCCCCUGCCCCGCCCACCUGCCCCGCCCCCCCACUGCCCAGAGAACUGCACCGCCUCCCUCCUGUCCUCCGCUUCCACCAGGGGGCGCAAACACUAAGCCUCCCAGAGAAACCUGCAGAAGAGUGUGUGUGUGUGUGUGUGUGUGAGUGAGUGUGUAACAGGAAGUGUAUGUGCUUGUGUGAAAGGGGGAGGGGCCACAACGACAUAGGAAACUGCAGCGUCCGUCUUCUUCUUCUUCUUCAGUUUCUUCUUCUUCUUCUUCAGCUCCCCCUCCUGGAGGUUAGAGGGAUACUGGAAUCGGGGGCCGGCGGGGUCCGGGGGCCACUUUUAAUUUAUUCAAGGGCCGAACAGACGUGGGGGGGGGGGGGGGGUCAACGCCGCUCGACGCUUCGCUCCCGUCGAGUGCUGCCAUUAUUUAGAAAAAAAAACAAAGAAAAAAAAGAGGAAAAGAACCAAUUGUAUUCUUGAUUUCUGCUCCUGACGCUAAAGUGCAGCGACUUUAUUGUGUUUUUCUUUUUUUUGAAAAUUUUAUUUUGACGGUUUUCAGCUCUCCUCAUUGGUCCAACUCGCCACUACACCUCCUGCCGGUUCCAGCCGGUUCCGGCCGGUUCCGGCCGUCUCCCAUCACAAUAAUGUACAUAGGUUCAAAGUAGAGAGUAAUAUAUGAUAAGGAAAAUACUAUAGAGAAGAGUAACGACUCGGAAAGACAAAAAAACAAACUGAUUCUCUUUGAUUUCCUGGUUUUAUUUUGGAGUGAUUUGGAUUGUUUCCACACAAAAAGCCAUUUUAACCACUUUUUUUUUUUUUUUUUUUUUUUUUUUUUACCCAGGUGUUUUAGGUUUUAGUUGUUUUUUACUGUACGUUUGCCACGUGUGCGCUGGUUUCUCAUUUAUUUCCUCCCUCCUGGGGUUUUGAGUGAAGCUGCUCACCUCGUCCCGGACGUUUGAUCUCCUCUCGUGUUGUAUUUCUGUGCGCCGGCCGAGGCGCCGCUCCACUUCUUUUCGUUUUGUUUUUAACGGGUGGACGCUUGGCCCCGCCCCCUCGGAGGCCCCACACGCUCCCACCGCUAACUUUUAUAAGAAAUAAGCUUCUGAUCACAAAACACUAUGAUU